AGGGAUCGAACCCACGUCCUCAUAGAUACUAGUCAGGUUUGUUACCACUGAGCCAUGAUGGGCACACUGACUCUCUUAAACUAUGAGCCAUGGUGGAACUCCCUAGGCACACACUUUUAAUCAAGAAAUAUGCACAGUUUCCUGAGCAGAAUUGAAAGUUUUAUCUGGGAUAUUUAUUUGAGUCCUGGUUGAUUCUGAUGUACUUGGUUACAUAGAAUAAUUUUUUAAAUUGAGCAGUUUUUUUUACUCUUCAACUUACAUUAGGUCAUUUAUAGAACACUGUCAUAAAAAUUUGAUCUAGCAGUAACAUUUAUAGAACAUUGCCAUAAAAAUUUGAUCUAACAGGAAGAGCCCUGACCUUUCACAUGGUGCUUGUAGCACCUAAUGGGCCCUCUAAUGUUUGUUCAUUACAGGACAGCAGCACUGAGCUCCCAUGAUAGAUAGCUCUAUUACCAGAUAUGUGCCUACCUUGACCAUAGUCCUUUAAGCCUGGAGCAUGCUUGGUGAUUUCAAGAGAUUCUUCAGGUUUUGCAAAUUCAGUGAUUUUAUUGAAUUCAUAUAGGCUAUGUAGCUUCACGUUUGAGGUUUUUAUUGGUUCUGCAUAGAUUAAGUGUACAUUAGGUAUUUUCCCAUAGCGCUUCAUGCUUCUGUCCUUUGGUUUUGUUUAAAUGCUAUGAGGUCAGUGAUCAUGUUCUGAAUAUUGGCAUGCUUUAAAAAAUAGCUUCCAAAACAAAAAUAUCUUAAAAGAACUUGUGAAAGCUAUUAGAGGAUGAAAUGGAGUAAGGGAUUGUCUGGUAGGUUGACCCGCUCCUUCUUUUACAGGUUGACUUCAUCAGUAAAUGUUCCUUCUGCUCACUAAUAACUGAGGGAGUGGACUUUUUUUUAAAUGUAGAUUUUAUCAGCUAGGAAUGUGAGUUUUAGCUAUGAAUCUUGAUGUUUUUAUCCUGGUUGAUAAUUGAUGUUUAUAACCAGUGUGAAUUUAAAUUUAAUUUACUUUCAUUUAAUACGGGAAGAAUUUGUCCUUACAUCAGACUCAAAAAGGUUUUUGCAUAUGGGUCAUUUUCUUCUCAUAGUUAGAAAACUCUUCCUCGUUGACAGGGAACACCCAUGACAUGUCUAUAUAUAGACAUAACCUUAAAAUAGUCUUGAAACUAUCCUUUGGAGUGUGUAUAAACAUUACAAAGGGUAAAAUUUCACAUGUGUAUCCAUGACUUUUAUUAUUUUAAUAGUGCUAACUAGUUUCAGUUGCUUUUAAAGUGUCAUAUAGUUAAGAAAAACCGGCAUUUCUCAGGAUUCUGAAAUAAAAUUAUGUUCAUUUCACUAGUCGUGAAAAUUGUCUGGAUUUCUGGGAAGCAGGAGUAAAGAACAUUUCAACAGGAUUUUGCUAUCAGCAAAUCUGUUUUGGUUUCCUGUUCUGGCCUCCCUACCUAUCAGCUACAUUAGUGCCCUCGUCAUUACGUUUCUCCUUUCUUUUACCACAGGAAAAUUGUCAGGCCUCUUUUUCUAGCAUUCAGGACCCGCCUGACAGGAAAUUUUCUAAUCACCGGAACAGCUGGUAGGGAAAAACUUUGCAGGGGCUUGGCCUUCCCUUUCUAACUUAAGUUUUACCGUCAAAUUCUUUUAUCACCGUCAUGGUUUCGUAGCCAUGUUUAAAUUUUUGUCUUUUCGUGUUCGCUCUAUACAGGAAGAAGGCAGUAUCAAAGAAAUUGCAAUCACACAUCAUGUAAAGGAAGGACAUGAAAAGGCGGAUCCUUCCCAAUUUGAACUUUUAAAAGUAUUAGGGCAGGGAUCAUUUGGAAAGGUUUUCUUAGUCAAAAAAAUCUCAGGCUCUGAUGCUAGACAGCUUUAUGCCAUGAAAGUAUUGAAGAAGGCCACAUUGAAAGUUCGAGACCGUGUUCGGACAAAAAUGGAGCGUGAUAUCUUGGUAGAAGUUAAUCAUCCUUUUAUUGUCAAGUUACAUUAUGCUUUUCAAACCGAAGGGAAGUUGUAUCUCAUAUUGGACUUUCUCAGGGGAGGAGAUUUGUUUACACGCUUAUCCAAAGAGGUGAUGUUCACAGAAGAAGAUGUCAAAUUCUACUUGGCUGAACUUGCGUUGGCUCUAGACCAUCUGCAUAGCCUGGGAAUAAUCUAUAGAGACUUAAAACCAGAAAACAUCCUUCUUGAUGAAGAAGGUCAUAUCAAGUUAACAGAUUUUGGCCUAAGUAAAGAGUCUAUUGACCAUGAAAAGAAAGCGUAUUCUUUUUGUGGAACUGUGGAAUACAUGGCACCAGAAGUAGUUAAUCGUCGAGGUCACACUCAGAGUGCAGACUGGUGGUCUUUUGGUGUGUUAAUGUUUGAGAUGCUUACUGGUACACUACCUUUCCAAGGAAAAGAUCGAAAAGAAACAAUGACUAUGAUUCUUAAAGCUAAACUUGGGAUGCCACAGUUUUUGAGUCCUGAAGCCCAGAGUCUUUUACGAAUGCUUUUCAAACGAAACCCUGCAAACAGAUUAGGUGCAGGACCAGAUGGAGUUGAAGAAAUUAAAAGACAUUCAUUUUUCUCAACGAUAGACUGGAACAAACUGUAUAGAAGAGAAAUUCAUCCACCUUUUAAACCUGCAACUGGCAGGCCUGAAGAUACUUUCUAUUUUGAUCCUGAGUUUACUGCAAAAACUCCCAAAGAUUCACCUGGCAUUCCACCUAGUGCUAAUGCACAUCAACUCUUUCGGGGGUUUAGUUUUGUUGCUAUUACCUCAGAUGAUGAAAGCCAAGCUAUGCAGACAGUUGGUGUGCAUUCAAUUGUUCAGCAGUUGCACAGGAACAGUAUUCAGUUUACUGAUGGAUAUGAAGUAAAAGAAGAUAUUGGGGUUGGUUCCUACUCUGUUUGCAAGAGAUGUAUACAUAAAGCCACGAACAUGGAGUUUGCAGUGAAGAUUAUUGAUAAAAGCAAGAGAGACCCUACAGAAGAAAUUGAAAUCCUUCUUCGUUAUGGACAACAUCCAAACAUUAUUACUCUAAAGGAUGUAUAUGAUGAUGGAAAAUAUGUGUAUGUAGUGACAGAACUUAUGAAAGGAGGUGAAUUGCUGGAUAAAAUUCUUAGACAGAAAUUUUUUUCUGAGCGAGAGGCCAGCGCUGUCCUGUUUACUAUAACCAAAACUGUUGAAUAUCUCCAUGCACAAGGGGUGGUUCACAGAGACUUGAAACCUAGCAACAUUCUUUAUGUGGAUGAAUCUGGCAAUCCAGAAUCUAUUCGAAUUUGUGAUUUUGGCUUUGCCAAACAGCUAAGAGCAGAAAAUGGUCUUCUCAUGACUCCUUGUUAUACUGCAAAUUUUGUUGCACCAGAGGUUUUAAAACGACAAGGCUAUGAUGCUGCUUGUGAUAUAUGGAGUCUUGGUGUCCUCCUCUAUACAAUGCUUACUGGUUACACUCCAUUUGCAAACGGCCCUGAUGAUACACCAGAGGAAAUAUUGGCGCGGAUAGGCAGUGGAAAAUUCUCACUCAGUGGUGGCUACUGGAAUUCUGUUUCAGACACAGCAAAGGACCUGGUGUCAAAGAUGCUUCAUGUGGAUCCUCAUCAGAGACUGACUGCUGCCCUUGUGCUCAGACAUCCUUGGAUCGUCCACUGGGACCAACUGCCACAAUACCAGCUCAACAGACAGGAUGCACCACAUCUGGUCAAGGGUGCCAUGGCAGCUACAUAUUCUGCUUUAAACCGUAAUCAGUCACCAGUUUUGGAACCCGUAGGCCGCUCUACUCUUGCUCAGCGGAGAGGUAUUAAAAAAAUCACCUCCACAGCCCUGUGAAGUGACCUCAGUGAGAUAUUUGGUACCAUGGUGUAAGCUGAUAGCACAAGUUCUGGCGACAGGUAGCACAUAUCUGAGAGACACCUGCAAGCACACACUGUCCCAGCUGGUACCCAUAAUGCUGCUGCUCCUGCUGCUGCUCCCGCUUUCGUCUCUUCUCGCUUUAAAUGAUUGUUAGCAAGUUAGAUUUUCCUGGAGCUUCAGAUGAAAUGAAAAUGGAAACGUGAUGAAGAUAUAUUCACUGAAUCAACAAGAAGAAAUAAUGAACAUAUGAAUACCACCUAAAAAUACACUGAAUAAAGUACUCUACACCACAUAGCAUUAUUUUUAUAGGAAAUAUUUCAUGUCCCUUAAAUAUUCUUUGUUAGUUAUAGGGAUGGACAGUUUAUGUUAAGCACUUAGCUUAAACAAUCCGUUUAUAUUAGCACUGUAUCCCUUGUGCCAUCCAACAUUUUGUAUGUUUUUGUAAACAGUUCAUAUACAGUACAUUUCUGUACUGCUUUCUUUAAUGUAUACAUGCCUUGUUUAACUUGGAAUCUAUUAUUAAUCAAUUGACUAUUAAAUCUGGUUAAAUAGUUCACCUGGAUUAACAGUAUUGUUGGACAGCCCUAAAAAUGGCCAGAUUGUAGAACAGCUGUUGAAUGUAAUACUUCCAAAAUGUACAUAUCUUUCCCCAUGUCUGUUUCACUGGUUCAUUUGUUUGUUUCUUAAAGUCAGGUGCUCUGUUAGGCGAACCUAGAGAGCUGUUUUGGUUAGAAAGUUAUCAUAUGUGUAUGGCAUGACAUCAAGAGUACACCUGUGAAGUUAGUUCAUAUACUUUGCAACUCCUUAGGGUCUUUUUUCCUUAAUUAAGGAAGUAGUCCUUGCACUUUUAUAGUAUCCGUACUUAGUAUUUGGCAUAAAUUUGGGAUUUUUCCCAGUAUACAUCAAAGGCCUCUGAAGAGGCCUGAUAAAAAGAUUGACAAAGGAAAAUUUAGCAACAGGUCAUUCAAGUCCCAUUGGAUAUUUCAUGUUUACAUAGAUCAAAUUGCAGAAUUUAGCAUAUGAAUAACAGGAUACCUACUCUUGUACACCUGCAAGGAAAGUAUGCUUUUUUGGAAAAAAAAGGUAAAUCAUGAUGAAUUCUGUCCCAUUAAGAUGCUCUAUAUUAAACACUAAUUUGAAUGUAAUAAAGGCCCAGGCCUCUAUAUGAAAUUGGGCUUAAACUUUCUUAUUCUGGGGAAUAAAACAUUCUUGAUCAAACAGUAUCUGUUCUAACCUGAACACAUAGCUAAGGUAGGCUAAGUGAAUGUUCAGCAUUGAGUGUUUCCUGAAUUCCUCCUGAUGGUUUAUAGCCACAUAAUGCUUUCUUUAACUUCAGAAAUGAUCAUUUUUCAUAUUGGUUAUUGGAUCUGCUUAUAUUAUUCAUUAUCUACAUCUAAUUUGGUAAUUUCCACAGAUUAAAGAAACAUAUGAACCCAUUAUUACCUGUAUCUUUGCCAAGCUAGAGUACAUCAGUAUGUAAUAUGAAAAACAUGAGCAAAGAAAAGGUGAUUUAACCUAUCUCAUCAAGAAUGUGCCUGAACAGAUCUUUCUUAGUCAUAUACUAAGCAGUUUACAUCAGAAACCUUUUUUCCUGCCAGAAACUUUAAAUCUUCCCCUGAGAGUACAAAGCCACGAAAGCAUGGUUUAUCUAAAUGUCUUGGAAGCCACUUGUUAUUCCUUAAUUUCUCCUGUGUGCAAUUAAAGAGAAAGAGAAAAUCUAUAACAUGCCUUUUGCCCAAGUGAUAGAAAAUGAUUAUUGCAUAGAAAUCAAACUUAAGUUUUAUCUUUUAAGUGAAAAAUGUAUAGGAGGAGAUAUUUCAGAAGACCUAGAUGGAGAAAGUUUUUUUUUUUAAUAUUCUUGAGUAUAUGGAUGCUCUUAGAAGCUGCUUUCUAUUGCCUGGAAAGAAAGCUUUUUUUUUUUUUUCUCUCUAUUACGUGUUUCAAGCCAUGGUCAUCUCAAAUUCUUGUCACUUUAAAAAUGUUAAUGUAACUUUAGGCAAAAAAAGAUAUAUUUUCAGAUUUUUGACACUGAUGCCAUAAGUGCUUAAGUGGUAUUGUCCAUCAUAGUCUUUUAGAACCGGAAGUAAGUGUGUAAAUCCUUACAAUUUAUUUAGUCCAGCUUUCUCAUACUUCAUGUAAAGAACCUGACACCCAAAGCAAAGACUAGAAUUCUUAACUUCCCGUUCUGUUUUUUUUCCCUCCUAACACCGUGCUGCCUUCCUCUCAUAAUUCACUCUACCAGGAGCUGAGUUGUUCAAAAACUACAUAUUUCUUUGGGCAGUCCUCUGCUGGUAUAUGAAUGCCAAGUUAAUUGCUUUCAAAGAUACUGCCUUCUUUGUCUAGUACACCUGCCAGUUUUAUUGGAGAAAAGCAAGUUAUAUAUUCACAAGACUGAAGGCUAUCUGCCUAAAAGCAGUUGAAUCUUCUGUGAUUCUGGUGUUCCUAUUGUCUUUGAUUUACAGCAGACUAACUUGGCCAACAGUAUGCUCUAAAUGUAGUAUUUGUGCUGGGUUAACCUUUCCAUUAAUUUCUCUCCAAGUCCAGUUCCUCCGGGCCCCUAUAGUUGUGGUGGUGAGGCCCUUUACCAGUUAGUGCUGCUGGCUACCAAGGCUUCUCCCAGAAGAUUUUAGUUCAGUCUGAAAGAUAAUUCAAUGUGAAAGAAGGAACUAAACUAUAGGGCCACUUUUACAAAUCUUCUCUUAGUUUAUAAUCCAAAAUAAUAUCCAGAAUGGUAGGUUGAAUUUAACAUUGCCAAGCACAUACUAGAAAAUACGGAUUACACUAUCGUGUGUUUUCUAUCUUCCCUUUCAAGUGAUGAUGCUAAAUGAAGGUAAGUUUUUUGUCCUUUUAACUUUUUAUGUAAGUCAUUUCAGCCCCUUCUAAUUUAUAGAGAUGUCUUCUUUCUACAUACAAUAGACUCUUCACUUUAAAAUAUUUGAUAUGGAUCCCUUUAUGCACAAGCAAGUCCAAAAAUGUAAUAAUUUUGACAAGACACAGAGUCAAGAUGUUGUGAGGCUAACAUGUGGGAAAAGUCAUUUUGCGAGUGUCUGGGAGAGUGUGGUAUAUAUGCAGUAGAGAUUCCACGUUGCACACGCAGUAGGCUACAAGGAACAGGUUUGGGCCAACAAUUACCCAUCUUUUUUUUUCUUUCUUUUUUUUCUUUUUUUUUCUUUUUUGGCCAUGCCCACAGCAUGUGGACGUUCCUAGGCCAGGGACUGAACCAACACCACAGCAGCGACCCUAGCCGCUGUAGUAACAACACCAGAUCCUUAACCCACUGUGCCACAAGAAACUCCUCCAUCUGUUUUUUUAAGAAAUGGUUGCUCUUGGGACCAGGGGAUAUCUCGGGAGAUGGGGCUGGCCUGUUAGCUGUGCCCUGUACCCUCAGCCCAGAAAAGUCUUCAUGAGGGGGCAGAGUGAGUUGGAUAGGAAAGGGGCUGGGAUGGAUCUAGCCUGGGGUGAGAGCAGAAAGGCAUUCAAGAUUUGGGGGCUUGGUACAGAUGCACAUCACCAUGAAAGCCAGCAAUAUACAAUUGAACAUGGUUUUGAUUUUCUCAGCUUCCUGCCCUUUAUAAAUGACCUAAAAGUUUUCAGGUUGCUUUACUAUGUUUUAUAGAGAAAAUUCUCUCUUACAGUGGUAUCGAGCAUUUGAGAUUUAUGAAGGCAUUAGGACAGAUAUCUCAGGAAUGUAAACGGUCAGAAAAGUCUGCUUUCUGUGAUGAACAAAUACAAUGGCUUCCAUGGCUGACCUUGGUGCUUAAACCAGGAGAUUCCAAUCUAGUCCUAGAGUUCUGUCCCUCUGAGAGGUCCAACUCUAUGUGACUAACAAACUGGAUGUAUACUUUGAGCCUUAUUUAAUUCACAGAUAAGUUGACUUAAUUUUUGUUUCAGUUAAUGAAAAUAGUCCUCUUUUCACCUCCGGAUUACUUACAUUUUGCUGGUCUCUCCAAGUGACCAUUGGUGGAGACCAAUUAAUGAAGGGAUGAAAUUCACUUUCUUGGAACUGUGGUAUUCUGCAGAGCCACACUUAACCACUUUUUCUAGUGAAGAAUCUACAGAAUGAUAGCUAAAUAUGGAUGGCCAAGAAGAAUUUAUAUCUACAGUGCGCUUUACGUAUUUUUGACACUGCUGUAUUCUGUGUGAUUGAGUGACUUGUAACUGGUUCCAAUGUGACUGAAUGUGCUCAAAGAACUCUAGUAACUAAGUCAACUUAAUUUUCUUAAGCUUUGUAUUACUAUCAGUCUCACAUUUACCACUUUGAUUCCAGUCUUUUAACUGUUCAUAACAGGGCAUACCAAGGGUUGGGAUGAGAGCAUAAUUCCUACCUCUUAAGGCACUUUCCUCAUUAUUUUGCCAUAUAACCUUGAAGUGCAUGAUAAGCUGUUUAAAUGUCCAUGACUUCUCCCAGAGCAACUAGCAAAGUAUAUGACAUCGAAUAGAGAUUAGUGGAAAGGAAAAUUUAGAGAUUAAGUUCAGAGGUGCAAACCUUGAGAAAACCUCUUUAGAGCACAUACCAUUUGAGUUAAAUAUAUGUAAAUGUUUGUGAGAAGAGAGUCGCUAUAAUAGUCCUCUCUAAGUAGAUUAGUUCAGUAUCUAAUGGAAGUGAAAAUCUUUACUCCUAUUAUCACUAUAGUACUGAAUGAACUGUAUUCAGAGUUUUUCAAACAAGUACUUAAAGUAGAACUUUCAAAUACAAAGCAAGGGCAUAAGGAUAAAGGUUGUGGUUUGUGUUUCUCUUAGUUUACCAUCUAAGGCUUUGUUUUUUAAUUUAAAAAAAGCUUCAAGUUGUUGCCAUUCCUUAGCUUCCUUAAUAAUUAUGGCUGAUGAGUUUUUAACUCUUAAAAUUAUGUACCUAUAUUAAGUUUAUCUUAACUCUUACCCUAAGCAAAAAGGAAGGUAUACACCUAAGGGAUGUAAUUAUUUUGCAUUUUUGGCCAUGGGUGGGAGAGGGGUGGGAAUCUACUUACACCGUUUUUAAAAAAGAAAAAAAUCACAAAUAUUUUUCUACUAUUAUAUAUGAUCUUACUUUAUACUGGUUUCUCUCUAGUAAGGCAUGCCAGAAGCCCAAGGCACCAUAUCAUGAGUUCAUAUGUAUUGUACCUUUUAUUGGUGGUUAAAUCGCAUCAGAUGCUUGGCACUGCUGCCAUAAUUAUGAAAUGCUUGUAAAGGAUUAAAUAUCACUGAAUACUUUAAAUUGUUUUACUUAAGAAUCUAAUCUUGGAAGUUUUCAGAUCAUACUAUUAAUGUGUAAUCUAAGCUCUUUCAGAUGUAUCCAUGAAUAAUCCUGGAACAAUAUUGCUUGUAUUCCUGUCACAGAACAGGUUUUGUAAUCUUUAAAAGAAAUGAAAAUUUAUAUAAUAAAGUUUCGAAUAAAUGCA